AUGGUCAACAUCAAGAGUAUUGAAUACUUCCGGGUCUUACCCCGAUGGCUGUUCGUCAAGGUUACCGACGAGGAGGGACAGUAUGGCUGGGGUGAAAGUACCCUGGAAGGCCACACCGAAGCCGUGGAGGGAACUCUGAAUGCCUUGUGCGAGCGCUUCCGGGGCUACGAGGCCGACAACAUUGAGCACAUCUGGCAGACAGCCUGGCGUCUGGGUUUCUACCGAGGCGGUCCGGUUUUCAUGUCCGCCAUCUCUGGGAUCGACAUUGCGCUCUGGGAUCUCAAGGGUCGCCGCCUGGGUGUCCCCGUGCAUCAACUGCUGGGUGGCAAAGUGCGCAAUAAGCUGUCAGUUUACGCAUGGAUUGGCGGCGAUCGCCCGAGUGAUGUGUCUGCGGCUGCCAAAGCCCGGCUGGAGCAGGGGUUCAAGGCCAUCAAGAUGAAUGCCACCGAGGACGUCAACUGGCUAGAUUCCCCCAGCGUCCUGGAAUCAAGUGUGGAACGUCUCAAGGCUGUCAAGGCCCUGGGCUUGGAUGCUGCUCUCGACUUCCACGGUCGUCUCCACAAGCCGAUGGCAAAGCAACUGGCCAAGGCUCUGGAGCCGCAUAAGCCCCUUUUCCUCGAGGAACCCCUCCUGUCCGAGCACCCCGAAGGUAUCAAGCAGCUCUCUGAUCAAGUCUCAUGUCCGAUUGCCUUGGGAGAACGUCUCUUCAGCCGGUGGGAUGUGAAGCGCUUUUUGGAGGACGCCAGCGUCGACGUCCUGCAGCCCGAUAUCAGCCACUGCGGUGGUAUUUCCGAGCUUCGUCGUAUUGCCUCAAUGGCUGAGACCUAUGAUGUUGCUAUUGCCCCUCAUUGCCCUUUGGGACCUAUCGCUUUGGCAGCCUGUAUGCAGGUGGAUCUUGCGACUCCGAACUUCGCUAUUCAGGAAAUGAGCAUUGGCAUUCAUUACAACACCGAGGCCGGUGAGUAUGAUAUCACCAGCUACGUCAAGGAUCCGAAGGUGUUUGAUGUCAAGGAUGGCUUUGUCGAUGCUUUGAACGCCCCUGGCCUCGGGAUUGAGAUUGAUGAAGAGGUUGUGCGCCGAGUAUCCAAGGAUACUAAGCCCUGGUUACCCAAAGAAUUCUUUGGGCCGGAUGGCUCUAUCCGCGAAUGGUAG